GGAAUGUUUUACUAAUCUUAUAUUAUACAAUUUGCUCUCUAUAUCUCUCUUUCCUCUACCAUAAAGCAGAUGUGAUCAGACAAGCAUACACAGAAGUUCCUCACCCAAAAAGAAUUCUCAGCCAUCAAAAUUUUCUUUCUCUUCAUCCAACAAAAAAAUAUAACCUUUUUUCUCUUUCAAAUCUAAGCUAGAAUUAAACUAAGAACCAGGUUUGUUUCUGCUCAUCUAUGGAUACGGCUCAAUGGCCACAGGAGAUUGUAGUGAAGCCCUUGGAAGAAAUAGUAACAAACACAUGCCCAACGCCGCAACCGUCCCAGCUGCAGCAGCCACCACCCAUUGGGGCGGCGGGUGGAGCUGAGAGGAAGGCAAGACCAGAAAAGGACCAAGCUAUAAACUGUCCAAGAUGUAACUCAACCAAUACAAAGUUUUGUUACUACAACAAUUAUAGCUUGACGCAGCCAAGAUUCUUUUGCAAAGGUUGUAGACGGUAUUGGACGGAAGGCGGUUCGCUUAGGAACAUCCCUGUUGGUGGUGGCUCAAGAAAGAACAAGAGAUCUCACUCUUCUUCUAUUUCUUCAUCUGAUAUUAGUAACAUUAAUCACUCGGGUUCUACACAACCAGCUAUAAAGAAGCAUCACUCUGAUCAACAUCAUCACCUAAUAAGCAUGUCUCCACAAGGGUUGACCAGUCAAAAACCUAAAUUCCUUGAAACGACUCAACAAGAUCUCAAUUUAGGAUUUCCACCACACGGGUUGAUCAGGACCAACUUCACUGACCUCAUGCACAACAUUGGGAACAACAACAAGCUCACCAACAAUCCAUUAUUGCUUAGUUCUUCAUGUUCUGCCACGUCAGCUAUGGCAACUUCCCCUCUGGAUUUCAUAAGAAACAACAAUAGUAAUAAUGGGAAUUCUUCAUUCAUGGGGUUUCCAGUUCAUAAUCAAGAUCCAACAUCUGGAGGGUUUUCGAUGCAAGAUCAUUACAAGCCUAGUCACUCAAACACCACACUGCUAGGGUUUUCAUUGGAUCAUCAUCGUAAUACUGAUUUCCCCGGAGGAUUCCAAAGAGGAGAAGGAGGAGAGGGUGGUGAUGAUGUGAACGGAAGGCCCUUGUUUCCUUUUGAGGAUUUGAAAUUGCCAGUUUCUUCUUCAUCAGCAACAAGUAAUGUCGACAUUAAUGAUCACCAGAAGCGAGCAAGUGGUAGUGAUGCAGCUGCUACUUCUGGUGGGUAUUGGACUGGGAUGUUGAGUGGUGGAUCAUGGUGUUAAUUUUUCUCAGUUUGAUGAUGAAGCUAGUAUUAUCAUUAAUGGUUAAUUACUGGUAUUUAUUUAAUUAACUAAUAUGAUCUUAAUUUCACUUUGAAUGUUCUUAUUGGUGGAGUUUUUUUCAUAUUUUUGUUAAUUUUGGGUUAGUUUGGAUUUAAGGAUAUUAUUGGGGGUGCAUGCAUAUUGAAUGACUUAAAUUUGUUUUCAAUUUCGUUAUGGCUCGCUAGCUCACACAGGUUAUAAAUGAUACAUUGGUUGGUCUUCUGAUGUUCCUUCUCUUGAUGAUUCUACUUUAUCAAAUCUUUGUCUACUAAUAAAUUCAGACGUUAUAAAUAAAUGAGUGCGAAAUGUUUUGAAGUAUAUAUAGUGUGUAACUAACUAUCUGCAGCAAUUUUUACAA